CUGCCUUCUCCCUCUCGUGCUCACAUUCUGCCCUGCCAUGCCCUGCUCUCAAGAGGCACAAGUCAUCUCCCCCAGCAAACGGGCCCGGCCUGCGGAGGAGGGCGGCAUGCGGCUCCGCUUUGUCCGGCUUUCGGAGCACGCCACCGCUCCGACCAAGGGGUCCGAGCGCGCCGCGGGCUAUGACCUAUACAGUGCCUAUGAUUACACAGGACCACCCAUGGAAAAAGCCCUUGUGAAAACAGACAUUCAGACAGCUCUUCCUUCUGGGUGCUAUGGGAGAGUAGCUCCACGUUCUGGCUUGGCUGCAAAACACUUCAUAGAUGUAGGAGCUGGUGUCAUAGAUGAAGAUUAUAGAGGAAGUGUUGGUGUCGUACUGUUUAAUUUUGGCAAAGAAAAGUUCGAAGUCAAAAAGGGUGAUCGAAUUGCACAGCUCAUUUGUGAACGGAUAUUUUACCCAGAAAUAGAGGAAGUUCAAGUUUUAGAUGACACUGAAAGGGGUUCAGGAGGUUUUGGUUCCAGUGGAAAUAAUUAAAAUUUAUGCCAAGAACAGAAAAUGAGAAAAUAUAC